AUGGCACUCGGCCGCCUUUACUACACCAUCGCCCUGCUUUUCUGCUGCACACUCUACUGCACCUCCCACUACGACGCCAGUUGGCCUUCGCGUGGUUGGAAACCCACCAGCGGUUGGGGCAGCAAGUACAAGCGCCACGAACAGGAGAAACAAGCAAAGGCGCGCAAGGAAGCGGAGCGUCAACAGAAGAACGAGAGGGCUGGGAAACGGGCAGUGCGCAGGGCGAGCCAUCUUGUGGAAGAGGCCGAGCAGGACUUCCGGGAGGGCGAGGAGAAGUUUUACGCCACGCGAGUCGCACAGAACGAUGAGUGGAAUGGAGAUGAGUACUGGCGCGAGAAGGCCAGACGGCGAGCCAGAGAUCCAAGAAAAGGGAGGAGCGAAGAGGCGGAGGCGGGCGGGCAGGCGCGGGAAGAACAUCGUCCUGCCCGCAAGAAGUUGAAGAUCGAGACGAACAUGGACUUCAGCUACGACGAGACCGGAGCGCCAGUGUUUUCGUCUUUUGCGAAGGGUCGAGCAGUUGAGCAUCGCUAUGGUGGCAAACCGACGGACGGCAACGCAGCGCUGCUGGGUCCGCAGCAAACACCCACCAACUUCCUGAGGACACCCAGCCUCAAACAUCUCUCGCUCACCACACCGGUCACCCCAUCGACACCCGCAUCUGCUGUUCCACGCAACCCCGACGGCAGCUUCAGCCUCCUCAAUGGCUUGUGCCGCGACGACAGCCUGCUGCUCAGAAUCGUCGGCCACCUCACCCUGCCAUCGCUCAACUCGUUGUACGCCAUCAGCAAGACCUUUCACUACCUCUUCAACCGCCACCACACUGCCUUUAUCCUCGCGAUGGUGCGUACAUGGGCGUUUGGCGCAGAGACUAUCUUCCCGUGGCGCCACUACAAGGCUCUCUGCGUCAAGGACCCAACACAGAUCCAGAAGAUGCGCAUGGUAGGGAAGGCGGGAAUGACGCGGAAGCAGUAUGAUGAUCUGAGGAAGCAGUGCGAUGAUCUGAGGGAUUGUCCGGGACUGAAGUGGCUGGCGAUGGUGAUCUGGCGGCAGGGAGUUUGCGAAGACAUGCUGGUGCAGCUGCGUGUGAAUGGGCUCUGGUGUCCGCCUGGUACGCUGGAGUCGGUAAAGAAGAUGUGGUUCUUGAUGGAUAUGCCGCUCAAUGCGCUCCGGAUCCCGCUGAUCAGAGACUCGAAAUACUUCUCGAACACCAUCCUGCAGAACUUUACGCACUUCAUGCUGAAGGUGGACAUGCUCUUGACAGAUCCAGUUGCUCCACAAGCGCCAACUGAUCACCCGAACAAGAGGCUUUAUCCGGAGAAGCAUGACCUGAAGGUGCUGUGUGGAGCUGAUUUGAGAAAGAUGUUGCUUGCAGAAAAGCAGAUGACUGGGCUGUGGCGCGUGAUCAGAGGAUGGAGCCCAGACCCGGAAGACGGGCAGAGGGAGAUCACGAAUUUGGAUGUGUUGAGGCUGUGGGUGAGGCACGAGUACCGGCAUCCUCAAGGCACGUCCGAGAAGAAGAGGAGGCUGCCGAUCAUGGGCAUUCCGUGGUAUGAAGUGGGCAUGGCAGGCAUGGAGAGGACAGGAGUGGCGCUUGCAGUUGCCAUGCCAGAUAAGAGCAAGGCCCAGCAAGGAGGACAGCCGCGUCCUCAAGCACAGCAAGUCGCCGUCACGCAUUCAAGCGUGGCAGGCUCCAGCACCAUCUCAAUACAUCAUGCUCAUGCUCAAGCGCAUGGGCAGGCACAGUACGGCACCCCAAAGAUGAAGCCACGCGAGCGGCUGUUCCGCCCGGACGAACUGGUGAUGCGGGAGUGCUUCAGGCGGGGGAUGAAGAUGCACAAGAAGGUUGUCAAGAUGAUGGCGUUCGGCUUCAGCGAUGUCCUUGGGAGGGAGUAUCCAGUCUUGAGCGAGGAGGAGAUCUUGAAGGGGUUGAGAGGGAAUGGAGAGGGGUUGAUGAUGGGUGUUGAUGACAUGGAUCCGAGGGUUGUGUUUGGUGACGGAUGGGAAGAAGGCGAAGAGAGCGAUGCAGACAGUGAGAAUGGCGGUGAAGGCAGCACAGAACAGAUGAUGGAGGAAGAUGAUAUGGAGAUGGUGGAUGAGUUGAUGAGCGGUCAAGACUGA